AUGGGGGAGAUCAGCCUGCAGGAGCUGGCAGACCUGGCCAUCGGCAUGCCCGAGGUGGGCGCCGUCAACUUCAACGCGCUGCACAGCCUGCUGCACGCCAUCCUGCAGCACCUCAACCUCAGCGACGUCAAGACCGAGGUGCACGAGGAGGGCCUGGCGCCGCUGCCCGCGCCGCCCCCGGACAGGAUCCCGCUCCGCGAGAAGGAGAAACUGCCCUUGGACAAGCUGGAGAAGAAGGUGGUCGCAGUGGAGAGCCAGCUCCAGGGCAUGGGCCGGCAGCUCCAGGAGCUGGAGAAGCAGAUGGCCACCCUGGAAAACUUGCCCUCGGGGGCAGAGCUGCUAGAAAGGACCAAGAGCGGCUCGCAGGCCCCCUCCGUGGUGGCCGACAUGUGGCAGAUGAUGCAGAUGAAGAAGAAGAUUGAAGCCAAUGAGAGCGGCGUCUCCAAGGCCAUGGCCCUCUUCCAGGACCUCCUCAGCGAGGUGAGCGGCGUCAAGGCCACCCAGCUGCACGUGGAGGAGGACGUGCGGAGGAUCCAGGAGCUGCUGGGCUCGGCUGAUGCUGUGAGCCCUGAGGCUUCCCCCAGUGCCCAGGGCGCCCUGGCAGCCUCCCUGGCAGCCCAGCGCGGAGCAGAGUCCCCUGCAGCAGCCCAGCACCCUGUGUGCUCGUCAGGCAUGGAUGCCACCGCCGUGUCCUCUUUGGGGGAGAGGGACACGGCCCGCGUGGCGCUGGAUGAGGCUCUGCAGCAGCUCGGGCAGCUCAGCAGCCUCUGCGCAGCCCUGCAGGAGCAGGUGGCCCAGCUGGCGCUGGCCAAGUGCGACCGCGCGGAGCUCGAGGAGCUGCGGCUGCGCCUGCUGGAGGCAGAGCAGAAGAGUGGCCGCAGCGACCUGGACGAGCUCCUGCGCCGCGUGGCCUCUCUGCAGAGCGUGGCCAGCGAGCUGCAAGGCGAAAAGGCAAAGAUCAAGCAUCUGCAGAACGUGGUUGAAAGGAUGGCGGGAGCAGGCGCCGAGCAGAAAGCAGAGGGCACCAGCCAGAUACAACUGCAAUUGGGAUGUCUCAGGGCCAUGGUGCAAGAGAUAGAGAAAGAGCUGAAGGAGCUGAGAGAGAAGCAGGAUGGAGCCAAAGCCCAUCUGGAGCAGUCAGUGACCGAUGUGGCCGACAACCUGCAGGAGCAGCUGGACAAGCUGAGGUGCGUCAUGGAGAACAUGAUGGCCUCGUCUUCAGCCUUGCUGUCCAUGAGCGUGCCGGCCAGCCCGGAGCUGAGGCAGGCUGCGGUGCAAGCCACGUGCCCGGCUUGCAGCCUGGACGUCAGCGAGCAGGUCAGGCAGCUUUUCCAGCGCUACGAGCAGCUCCAGCGCCUGGUUAACUCCUUUGUGGAGCGGCAGGCGGAGAUCAAGGCGGCGAGGCAGAUACCGUCGAGGAGCCAGCAGGACGAGGAGGUUCUGAGGCACGUGCAGGCCACCAUCCUGCAGGUGCAGGAGGACUGCGAGAAGCUCAACUCCAUCACAGGGGAUCUCGUGGACGACCAUCGCCAGAAACAGAAAGAUAUCGAGGCUCUGUUCCUGUCUCUGGAGAAACUGGAAAAGGAGAAAGCAGACAAGGAGGACCUGGUGACAGAAUUGGAUGUGAAAGCAGACAGGGCAGCACUGGCUGCCAAGGUCAACYGCUUGCAGUUUGAUGCCACCAUGGAGCACGUGAACAAAAUGGUCCAGGACAUGCUGAACAGGAUCACAGGGCAGGAGCAGGAUUGGCACCACAUCCAACAAAAGCUUGUUGAAGAGAUGAACUCCAAGCUGGACCGUGUGGAGCUGACGCCGUUCCGCCAGCGGCUCGAGGAGCACUGGAAGAGCCUCCUGAAGCAGCUCCAGGAGAAAGCACCAUGCAUGGAGGCAGACGACGCAGCCGGCAUUCGGAAGCAGCUGCUGGCUCAUUUCCACUGCGUGUCCUGCGACCGCUCCCUCAACAUGCUGGUGCCCAGCCCGCACGUCCUGGCCAUUCCGUCCAUGCCRGCGCUGCCCUCGCGCCACUCCGGGCGCCCACACGCUGUCUUCGAGCUGGARCAGAUACGGCAGCACGGCCGCAGGUAG